AUGACCUGGUGGUACCGAUGGCUCUGCAAAACUGCUGGGGUCCUGGGAGGAAUAUCGUGUGCCACUGCAGGAAUAUGGAACUGUGUCACUAUUAACCCUUUAAAUAUUGCUGCUGGAGUGUGGAUGGUGCUGACCGCUUGUGUAUUGUUUCUGUGUGAGGUCCCUUUCUGUUGCCAGUUUGUAGAGUUUGCUAAUGCGAUAGCGGCGCGCGCAGACAGACUCAGGCCUUGGCAAAAGGCACUGUUUUAUUGUGGGAUGGCGUUGUUCCCAGUAAUCUUAAGAUUCAACCUUACAACACUGUUUGGGAACGCCAUCGCCUUUGCAACAGGAGUUCUCUAUGGCCUUGCAUCCUUAGGCAAAAAAGGAGACGCUGUGACUUAUGCCAGACUUCAGCAUCAGAAACAGGGAGACGAGGAGAAGACGACCAAUGGAGCUCCUGAAUGA